GUUCGGAUUUCCGUCCUGUAGGCGGUGCUCUCGGGUCAAACACAGGAUUGAAAUACCAGCAGCCAACUGCUCGAAUUUGUCUGGGAAGCACAGGUUGUCGUAAAUUCGUCUUUCUUUCUAAAGCAGACUUCCAUCGUUGGUUUGCGGAUUUCUUAUUCCUGUUUGUCGCUGCAGGGUGAAUGUAUGUUGUGACUGGAAGUGAGUGUUAAGCAUGACUUAUUGGAGCGAAAAUUUCAACAGGACAUUUUUCAUUUGUAUGUGAGAGCUUUCUUCAAAAGUGGCAGAGUAAUGUGAAAUGAUUGAUGACCAGGAGUUUAUUAACCGGCGACACCUGAGCGUCACAAUUUACACGUGUUCUAACCAUUACGAAAUGUACUUAAUUCCGAACGCAAAAAACGCAAAGUACUGGCCGUAGCUUUUCGCUGAUUGUUUGGCGGACUAAUUCUAUCUUAUGGAGUGGUUAUUCGGUUUCCAAGCCGCACCGCACAGUUUUGGUUUCACAACUGUGACCUAUUAGGCCAUGAUGAAAGCGCGAGUUAAGAUGAUUUAUUACUUUGGCCUACGCGGUAUCCUUGGAUUACAUUUGAAUUUGGUUUAUAUCGAGUUGAAUUUCCUCAAUCUACCAGCUGAAUCUACAUUAUCGAUGGCACUACCAAUUUCACAGCGAAUCGGACACUUGUCGUCUGAGAACCAUUAUAGCGGACCUACAACAGAAAUAAUUUUGAGCUAUUUCCGAAAAAAGAUAUCUUCUUUGACCAAACAGGAUUAUUUCCAGUGGUGUUUUGAGAGCUAAGUGUACAUAAGAAUCACCAACAGUGUUUGACCUGGAGGUUUUAAAUUUCUCUUCCUUCACCAAAAUAAAGUUGGUAACUCGGCGCGAUCGGCAUAAUUCCUUAAGUUUUAUUUGUAAUCCAAAAUCACCGCUCAUCCAUCACUGUUUAUGACGAGCUAUCGAGAAAAAAAAUAGUCAUUGGGAAAACGACAGAGGAAAGAGGUUCGAUUAUUCGAAUCCAGGUGGUUUUGGUGUAAAAGUGUAGUAAUGAAUCAUAAAACUUGAUCCGUGCUUUUAGGAACGUCAUUCGAAAUUUCUAUCCUGUCGAGUUCUGGCAUAAAAACAAGACUUUUCUGUCUAAGCCCCCUUCUGAUGAAAAGGCAACUGUUGAAUACCUCUUGCUGUAAGUGGUUAGCUUACAUGCAAGGUCAGUGUGCAUGGCAAUCGAUAUCUUAAUGCAUUUAUGCAUACUGAAAUUUAUUAACCUUGCGCCGUGCCUCUUUGUUAUUUUCUUUGACAGAGUUUGGACGCAGGAGAAGCGCUGCGCGCAGCUGUGCUUGUUCAAGAACGGAAAGGCCCUUGGCUGAAGAAUGUGUUAUACCAAAACGGUUUCCUUGGAAUUCAUUCUAUCCCUGUUUGUGGUUGUUCACUGCAAAGACCCCCCUGUACUUCUUGCACCAGUAAAGCCAUUGUAUACGGUCCAUGAAGGACGAAACGUCAAAUUACGUUGCAAGUUCUCCGGAACAAAGGAUCCCCCCGAGAACAGGACCUUAACAGCGUGGCAAAGGCUUCCUGAGGGUAUGGUCAUCACCAAAAAGUUUCCGCGUUUUAGGACGAGGCUCGAAUAUUUGAAAAUAAAAAAGGUGCAGCCUUCGGACGAGGGGUUGUAUGCCUGUAUUGCUCACAAUUCUUUUGGGGUAACCAGACAAGAAAUCCGACUCGUAGUCAGAGAAUCAAACAGAAGUAUCAUCACAAAAAAAGAGACACCCAGUCCUACCCCGAUCACAUCAGCGCCAAGUAUCACUGCUAGAGAGCCGUCCAUUAAAAGUACAACCGACCCACCGAGAAUACCUUCUAAAAUACCAUUAAUGGAGUACCCACCAAAGUUCAAGGGUCCACCCAAAAGUCGCGUUCGCUUUCUAGAAUACGUCAAAGGUCACCAUAUUAGACUCAAAUGUCACGCAACAGGAGCGGUUCCCCUAAAUGUCACGUGGGUAAAGAAUAACAAGCCUUUGAGCCGCACUCACCGGUCGCACCUGAAGGCAAAAGGCUGGGUGUUAGGCUUCAAGGCAUUGACCAAUGAUGACGCUGGAACUUACUCUUGCACUGUGCAGAAUGCAUAUGGUAAAAUCGAAAAGACGUUUAUUGUCACAGUUGUUGAGAAUGGAAUUAAUAUUCCUCCCGAAAGGAAACCAAAGAUUUUAAGGCACUUUCUGAAGAACGAAACAGCUAUGGAAGGUGAAGACGUCAAGUUUGUGUGCUCUGCAGUAGCUAGGAGUCAUCCUGAUUUUCACCUUCUCAAAUGGAAACAACCCAGCAAUGUUUCGAACGGCACCGAUCCAUUUGACUUUGUUGACUUCACAAAGUCAAAGUACCAAGAGAUACGCGAGACUGCCAAGCAGCACACGGGUAACCGUAAACUUUAUACUCAUCGUUUUAUUGUCAGAAAUGUCACUUUGGCGGAUGAAGCCAGGUACACAUGCAUGGUGGGGAAUUCCGCUGGUUAUGUAUCCCAUAACGUGUUUCUAACUAUCAAGACACACGACGAUGAAGAAGUAGUCUUUGGUGGCAUGGGGAGGAAAUCUCCAGCACCACAAGAAGAUAAAGAAAUAUAUAUAGAGGAAGUUCCACUGGCCGCUUUAAUUGGAGUUCCAAUCGCCGUGCUUAUACUUUUAAUUGGAACAAUUGUAUGGUGCUAUUUCAUGACAAGAAAGCAUCACGCUCGUCAACAAUGGGCCAAUGAUACACUAGAUAAGAACCCAACAGCCAACGACGUAAUAAAAAAGGACUCACCGACGCAAUUAUACGCGCCGAAAAAAGUGAAAGAAGAGAUACGGAAUGUGAGUUUUAACAUUUAUGUUGACUGUCCGAAUGACAGACUUUCUCACACUGAGCAACAAUCAAGGACACACAUGAAGAGUGCAUUGUCGCACGAGAAGUGUGAUUCAUCGCGUGUGAAAUGUGAUUCAUCGCACGUGAGAAAUGCACGAAAUCAGAAAUGCACGAAAUUAAAGGAUCCGCCAUUGGACGGUCUUGUUGUUCACAGUGAACCUUCAAGAACUCAUUCAAACAGAACAGAGCACCGUAAGCGCCACGAAGAACGUGGGCUCGUACGCGAUGAAGCCAGCGGAUUCAAGUCCGAAAUAAAAUGUUCUGGUGUAUAAAAAGCCUGGAAAGGUUUUAAUAUGCUAGUUCUUCGUAAUAUGCGACUAGAUAAAACGGCCCACUAGCCAUCGCCUACAAUACCUUAAUUCGGUUUCAGCGGCGCUACUUAAUCCGCGCUUGCCUUUCGUAACGGUCAAACUGUAACAGAAGAAUUGAAACAAACACUAACCACAUUGCUGGUAAGGCAAGAGUGACGACUGGCCAAAGUCAGGAGCUCUCAAUGUGUCCAGAGUAAUUAUCACAGUAUUCACUUUCGUAUUAUUCCCAUUUCAAAGUUUAUUUAUAACCUGAAAGCAUACAGAUCCCGACGCUUAUGAAAUAAGGGUGGCUUUCUUUUAUUCGGUAACCCCACUUUUGGGGCCUAAAUACAGCACGUGUAAACUGUCGAAUAAAAAAAAAAUGAAUGACAACACUGGAAUAAAAUGUCACUGACUCAUUCUGUAUUCA